AUGGUAUCCGCCGACCGCCAGCUCAUCAUGGAGACCAACCGGUCGCUUCGGAAUAUCAAAACAGAACUUGAGAAUCUCCUCGAGAAAGGCGUCAUCGACGAAGCGGUCUUCGACCAGAUCCACGCGGCUCUACCACAAGAGUCACCCCUCUCGGGACCUCUCCGCACAACAAACGGCAACACAUCAACGACUGCCGCUCGAGAUAGUCCUGCCCCCGCCGCAAGCAGCACUACUUCUCCGCCCCCGCCCACCCAGCAGAUGCAGAACCUGGGCAUAAACAACGGCAAUCCUAAUACCACAUCGCCUUCGCCAGGGCCCCCUUCAUACGACCAGACGCCCGCGCCAAGCUUACCCAGCCGAUCCAUCAAGCCUGUGCUUGCCCAUGCACGGGCUUUGUACCGUUAUGUCGCUUCUGAUAACCGCGAUGUGUCGUUCGAUAAGGAUGACAAGAUUGUUGUGCAUCAAUACAUGAAUCAGGACUGGUGGAUGGGCCAGAACACCCGAACCGGCCAGGAGGGCAUAUUCCCCAGGAACUAUGUCCUCGUUGAGCACGAGGAGCAAAAGUCUGCCCCGUACGCUGCCGCCCCGUACGCGCAGCCUCAGUAUGGAUAUCCCCCUCCUGGACAGGUCCCCCCGCAGCAGCAGAACCCGUACAACUCUAAUGUGCCGCCUAUGGCUGUUGCUGAGGGUGGGCAACCUGCCAACGGAGAACAACAGCAAGGCGGAGAUAGCAAGGUUGGAGAGUAUGGUAAGAAGUUUGGCAAGAAGCUCGGCAAUGCUGCCAUUUUUGGUGCGGGUGCCACUAUUGGUGGUAAUAUUGUCAACAGCAUCUUUUAG